AUGAAAAGCACAACAGUAGCACAACAAUCAGGUGAUACUAAUGCGACACAAAAAGUUAAAAGAUCGAUUUGUGUACCAUCAUUUCUUACUAAAUAUACGUAUCAAUCAGAAUUUAUUUGGUAUUUUAUUGGUGUAAUUAUUCGUAUUAUUUGGACAUUGGUUUAUCCACAACAAGGAUACAUUCAUCCAGAUGAGUUUUUCCAAGGUCCAGAAGUUGUAUUUGAUGAUAUAUUUCUAACAAAUUUAACACGAACUCAUGAAUUUAAUCCAGCAGCACCUCUUCGUUCAGUUGCUAUUCUUUAUUUACUUUACGGUUUGCCUGUUUCAAUACUUUCAUGGUUAUCAUCAUUACUUCAUUGGUCAUCAGUACCAUUUCAUCUUAAAUUAAUUUUUCCACGUGCUACUAUACUCUCCUUAUCAUUAUGUUCCGAUAUUCUCUUUUAUCGUUUAAUAAAAAAUUUCUAUCCAAAUUUUAAAUCAAAACAAUAUGGAAUAAUAAUGAAUUAUUAUGGUAUAGCACAUGUAUUAGUUGUUUUCUUUACACGAACAUUAUCAAAUUCAUUUGAAGCUUUUCUUUUUCUUACUCUUAUUUAUCUUAUUACUGUUAAUGUUUCAUCAUUAUUAACAAUCAUCAUAAAUACAUCUGAUCAUAAAACAAUAGUUCUUAAUCGUCAUUUAAUUUUAACUUCAUCAUUAAUUGGUUGUGUUUGUUCAUUAGGUAUUUUUAAUCGUCCAACAUUUCCAGCAUUUGCUAUUGUUCCUCUUAUUUAUUGGUUUACAAAUAUAAUUCCAACAAUGAAUCAUUCAUUUCGUUUUCAAUUAUUAUUAAGUCGAAUUAUAUCAUUUAUUAUUGGAGCAUUUAUUUUAACAUCAAGUUUAAUAAUUUCUUUUGAUUCAUAUUAUUAUAAUAAUGGGCUAUCAUUUAUAGUUGAUUUAAAAAAUCGUUUAAUUAUAUGUCCAUUAAAUUUUAUAUUAUAUAAUAUUGACUCAACGAAUUUAGAUAAACAUGGUUUACAUCCACCAUGGCUUCAUUUUAUCGUUAAUGCAACAAUUCUAUAUGGGCCACUUCAUAUAUGUACGGUUCUAUGGUGUUUAAUAAAUAUUUCUAGUAUCAAACAAAAUGGACAAUGGAUAAUUAAUCGAAUUUUUAAUAGAAGAUCAAUAAUCGAAAUUGAACAAUCAACUUCUCCUCUGUUACUCUAUCUUUACUUAGUACCAUUUAUUCCAUUAUCAACAUUUCCACACCAAGAACCUCGAUUUCUUCUUCCACUCUUAUUUCCAUUGAUACUAUUUAUCGUUCCUCUUUUAAUUACACAUAAUCUUCAUCAAUAUAUCUUUCGUUUAUGGAUGAUAUUUAAUAUAUCUAUUGCAAUAAUCUUUGGUCAUCUUCAUCAAGGUGGUCUUUUACCUGCAUUACAAUAUUUUCAUAAUUCUCCACUGUUAACAUCGAAUAAGAACUUUCUUGUCACUUAUCAUACAUAUAUGCCGCCAGGCUAUUUAACUAUACCAAUGUCAAAAUUUGAAUAUGAACAAAAAUUCGAAACAGCGAUAAUUGAUCUUAAAGGUGCAAAACGUGAAGAAUUUGAUUUAACAAUUGAAAAUAUAUUCAAUAAAAAUUUACUAAAUAAUCUACAAGUAUUUGUUAUACUUCCAAGUACUUUUCAAACUGAUCUUAUUUAUUUAAAACAACAAAAAUAUUCUUUUCAUCUUUUAAAACAAUUUAGACCUCAUCUUGAUUUUGAUCAUGCUUUUGAAGAACCAUUUCUUGUUAACUAUGCAGGAACAAAAUAUCAAUGGUUACAAGCAAUAUGGAAUAAAUAUAAACUUAAUUUAUAUCAUGUUACACGGGGUUAA